AUGUGGGGAAUUCAUCUGGAUUCUGGAAUGCUGGGCCACUCCUCCCCCCAGCCCAAAAGCGGGCUCUGGAUCUCCACGGAUUUCGGGGAGCACUGGCGGGAGAUCCACAAAUCCGUGUGCUUGGCCAAGUGGGGCGAGAAUGACACCAUCUUCUUCACCACGUUCCUGAACAAUUCCUGCACUGAUCUGGGAUUCCUGGAGCUGAAGAAAACCCCCGACCUGGGACGAUCCUUCCGGACCAUCGGCUCCCGGAUCUAUUCCUUCGGGAUGGGCGGCCGCUUCCUCUUCGCCUCCGUCAUGACGGAGCAGGGCACCAUGAGGCGCAUCCACGUGUCCCUGGACCAGGGGGAUUCCUGGAACAUGGCCCAGCUGCCCUCGGUGGGACACGAGCAGUUCUACUCCAUCCUGGCCGCCAACGACGACCUGGUGUUCAUGCACGUGGACGAGCCCGGGGACACGGGAUUCGGGACCAUCUACACGUCGGACGAGCGCGGGAUCCUCUACUCCAAGUCCCUGGAGAGGCACCUGUACACCACCACGGGCGGGGAGACCGACUUCACCAACGUCACCUCCCUGCGCGGCACCUUCAUCACCAGCGUGCUGGCCGAGGACAAUUCCAUCCGCUCCGUGAUCACCUUCGACCGGGGGGGGCAGUGGGAGCCCCUGCGCAGACCCCACAACAGCCCCUGCGACGGCACCGCCCCCAGCGGGGACCAGUGCGUGCUGGGCUACAAGGAGCAGUUCCGGCGCCUGCGCAAGGCCUCGCUCUGCCGCAACGGGCGCGGCUUCAGCGCCAGCCCCCAGCGCUCCGUGUGCCCCUGCACCCUGCAGGACUUCCUGUGUGAUUUCGGGUACUACCACCCAGAGAACCAA